AUUUGUAGGUUAGGCGGGAUAUUCUGUUUCUUUUUUUAAUCAUUAUAUAAUUCGUGUGUUAUAAUUCUGUUUUUAUUAAUAUACAUAUGUAUGUACAGAAUUGAGAAAAUGUUGAAAGUGGGAAUGCAAAAUAUAGAAUUGAUUCACUACAUACAUGUUGCAGGUUGGAAGUACUAACUUGGCGAAUGUCUGACAGCAUCAUUCAACGACUACGAUUUAUAAUUGCAAUAAUGAAACGUAAAACCAUAACUAAUAAAACAGCUACUCCAAAAAGAUAUCAUUGGUCGGCUAAUUUACUUAAAUCAAUAGAGGAUCCUGAAUGUAAAAUCAGAGAAGAUGACAAGAUAGUUGUUAUCAAAGAUAAAUAUCCUAAAGCACAAUUUCACUACUUGGUUUUACCGAAGGAGGAUAUUCUCAAUAUAUGGCAUGUCAAGAAAGAGCAUCAAGAUUUGUUAACAUAUAUGCAUGAUAUUGCAUGUGAUCUGAUAAAAGAUCAAACAGAUCUUGAAUUCUUUAUGGGUUAUCAUGCGAUGCCAAGUAUGCAGAGGCUGCACCUACAUGUAAUAAGCACAGAUUUUAAUAGUCCUUGUCUUAAAAAUAAAUAUCAUUGGAACUCCUUUACGACACCAUUCUUUUUACAUUCGCAAGAUGUAUGCCGUCAGUUGCGCAUAGACGGCGAAAUAAAAAAGAUUUCCCGAGAGUUAUGUACCGACUAUCUAAACACAAAAUUGAAAUGUCACAAAUGCUCGACACCGGCGAAAAAUAUGCCAGAUUUAAAAAGACAUUUAUUAACACACAUUAGUAAAUGCAAACCAUGAAAAGCGUAUAAUGUAUAAAUGUGUAUAAAUAUAAAGUUGAUGCCAAUUAUAAAUGUAUAAUUUAAAACUUCUGUAUAAUAAAACUACGUAUCAAGCGACGUGGUAGCGUCGCGACGCCAAGUGCAUAAAAAUUAUAAUUGCUUGAUUUGAUUGUUUGACGCGUGAACGUCAUUGCGUAUAUGUUCGUGCCGCUGCUAAAUUCGCGACGCUACUAGUAGCUUUAUCUGGAGUUUUAACAUCUAUAAACUUUAGAUUAAAAUUACUCAGAAAUUGAAAGCUAAUCAAAUCUAAAGACACUUUUAUUAUAUAAUGUCAUCGGUAUCUUUCGAUUGCGACCAGUCUGAAUAACAUUGGUGCAGUUGAUACCGAGAUCUGCAGAUCGAGUUCUGAAAAGGGACGAUUUCAAGAUUGUUUCAGUCGUACGCGUGACACAUACAUGUAAAGCGUUUUGAACUUCUAAAUCAAAAACGAAUAUGAAAUAAAUGUAAUCAACUAAAUAUUUUUUAUUAUGCAAGACACAUAGGACAGACCGAAACGCAACAAUCUAGAACCAUGGUCCUAUCGAAAUAUUCUGCAGAUAUACACAAUAUAUGAAAACAAUAAUUCAAUAAAG